AGUUGCCUUAGAGUGGGCUUCGAGUAGUGUCGGGGGACUUCGUGGUAGGGACUGUGCGUACUAUGCCGGUCUUCCGAACCACAUGAGAGAGGGAGAAGUGAAACAGGGAAGCGAAAAGUCGUUUGGCUCGUUAGUCGCCGGCAGAACCGCGAUAGACGUUGAUCGGCCGUGUAUGUUCCCUGAAUGGAAUCUCAGUCACGCUCGGACAAUCCUCAGAAUAGAAACUUUAUAGUAAAGUGUAUUUCCGCGGUGCGGACCAUCUAACGAUAAGUGUAGGAUUAAUAUUUAGUUUAUUACGAACUCGCGUCCGCAUUCCUAUGUUCGGUUUGGUACUAGCUCUAAUGACACCCUUGCGUCGUUGCAAAGCCGGGUUAAAGAAGUCCGAUCGUUGAGCCACUCUACGCGAAAGAGAAGAGAAUGAUCACCGUGUAGCAGAGCUCGCUGAUUUAUGAUUCUACUUGGAGUAUAAUGAGAGACGUAACCGAGCGUGGUACAGCCUCCAAGCUGACCAAUUUUGAUUCAUUAGUUGGGGCAACCCCUGUGACCUGCGGUGUCGUCGACGGUUAAACGAAUUAACUCGUUUGUGUCACUUCGUCAGGACAAAACGUUCUUCCUUUUCUUAACUCGUUUUACGCGCAAACGAGCCUUCUUCCGGGCCUCGGAUAGCCCGCGGUUUCUUGGUGGAUUUCCUCCUACUGCUGAUGAUGCUAUCUCUUUGAGGGAGGUGACCUUUGAGUUUGUGGAUCACUCUUUCUUUAUGGACCAUAGAAGAAUUUUUUUACGUUGGGUCUUCGAAACUCGUCGUGUAUGUACGCAAUGGAUGACACAGACACUACUUGUCACGUUUAAUGUACAGUGCUACGAAGAUGCAGUGGCUUGCCGUUAUGAUGUGCCUCUACGCCGGGGUUGCCAGCGCACGAACGGAAGAGGAUCAAGCAUCAGCCACAAAUGGAAAUGGGAUUUCCGGUGCAUUACCUGAACAGUGUUUCUACCAGUUAUCGUCGGAAUGUCCGCCACAGGAUCCCGGCGAAUGUCCAUGCAAGAGGAUAAUUUUGUCUCAUGAUAGUCCUGAGGCUCAGGCUGUUCUGUGCUGUAAUUUAGACAGUCAAACUUUUGAGAGCGGAUUGUCAUGCGCAAAUUUUCCAGCUAACGUUACGUACGUUCAUAUCAGAAAUGCCACGCUUGAUACCUUCAAUGCUAGCGAAGUCAGAUGGAGAAGACUAAAGUCUCUCGCAAUUACGGAUGGGAAGAUCAAUCACGUUAAGGGACAAUUUCUCAUGAUGACUCCUACGCUCUGUCUCAAUCUCUCAAAUAACGCUUUGGUUGAAGUCGAGAACAAUUCAUUCACUAGACUCGCACAUCUUACCACUUUAGAUCUGUCUUAUAAUAAUCUUACGCAUCUACCUGCCCUCAAUACCAUGAACGGUCGAGAAUUCUGGCUGGAUAUUUCAGGUACCAAUACAUUAUGGUGUCACGACAUUUAUCAAUAUAUCAAUAAGACAGGCGAGAAACAGAUCAAUUUCAACAGGGAAAACGAAACUGUAUGUUCUGCCAGUAAAACUUGGCACUGGUUCAAUGCCACUGAACAAGUUCCUCUGAAACAAGUGCGCUAUCUAAGCUUGCUACAGACGGAAUGCCCGAAGGGCGAAGCAUGGCAGUGUCAGUGCAACUUCAGGAGAUUAGACAUAGUGAAAGGGAAGCAGCCAACUCUAGCUGUGAAUGUGGAUUGCAGUGGAAUUCAACUGACGGAGUUGCCGGAGAAGUUGCCUCGUAAUACGAUAGCACUCAACGUCUCUUAUAAUAAUAUUACGGUGCUCGACGACCUGAGUACGAAUCCUUGUUAUCAGGAUAUCCGUGAAUUUUAUGCCGAUUACAAUAAUAUCUCAUCCAUCAAUAAACUGGAGGGUUCCAAAUUUUUGGACAACUAUGCUCUUUUAAGCUUGCGUUAUAAUAAAAUUAAGUCGCUUCCAACAUACAUCUUAAGUCCUAAUGCUCGUGACAAGAAUUUCGGGAGUUCAAGACUCGUGAAACUCGGUGGUAACCAAUUACACUGCGAUUGCAACACGGCCAAAUAUUUAAAGGUAUGGUUACAAACACGCAUUCUGGAUUCGGACGAGGUAUUGUGCGAGAAUGUCAAAGAAAAGGUCGUCGAUCUGGAGCCGUCGAAAAUGUGCGUCUACCCGGGUGAUUGGACGGAUUAUAUAUAUUAUAUAAUAGCGACAGAAGUAAUAUUACUAAUUAGCCUUGUGGCCAAAGUCUCCUAUGAUUACUGGGUCUUUAAGACUGCAGGAUACCUUCCAUGGCCAGCGAACAAAAUGCCAAAAUUACCUUGUGACUGGUUAUGCGAGACAUAACUCCAUGAGUAACGGUAAACUCAUUAUUUCAUCGAUAUUUGUGAUAAAUUCUUAGUAACAGGACAGAAACGUGAAGAGCCCUUUUUUAUCUUGAAAAUGAAAUAGAUCACGAUUUUAUGAAUAAUCAGAAAUGGGGAAAAGUUUUAUCCAACUUCCCACGUGGUGCUGCAUCAAAUGGAUAUAAUUUCACAGCUGCGCAAGAGAUCUUUCUUAAACUAUAGGUAUAAAAAUGACUGAGGGUAACUCUAUCUUAUCUUUCUUAUUUUUUCUAUUAGCAAGAAUCUUUUCUACAUUGCAUAAAGUAUGCCUUGCGGCUCGUCGAGUGACGAGGCAACGGUAUUAAAGAAUUAAGGUAAUAUAAGCCCAAGUGCCGAAAUAUAUUUUAUAAUGAAUGUUAAGGAAUAACGUUGUAACACGUAACGCAUGGUAUAUAUAUAAAAAUUUUUAUUUCCGUUUAAUCGUAUUGAUAGGCAAGAAAAUUUGUUGCUAAUGAUCUUUUACAAGCCGCAUGAAAAAUUGUAUUUGCUGUCAAGUUGCAAAAAAAUAACUUGAUCGUUUGAAAUGUUGAGUGCAAUUAUGACAACGUGCAAUGUAGCUAUUAGGGACUCACAUGUUGUGUCGAUGGUUAAGAGUAUCUUGCCGAAAUUAAAUCAUUAUGCGAAUGACUUUUGUUGUGUUUGAAAUCCAUGACAGGCAUAAUUUUAUUAAUCCAGCGUUCAAUCACGAACAUCCGCAGAAUGUGCUCAAUUGAUAGAAUGUCCAAACUUGCCGCAUAUGAUAUAAUAUUAGUUAAGGUAUGGUCAUUAAAAAUGAUUCUUUAUUGUUUAAGCAUCUUGGAUAAUAAUGCUCUAGUCUGUAAUAGUUGACUCGGCGCAGUCAGGCUGUACAAGUUGAAGGAAACUGAAAAGGAGGGAAACUAAGAAAAAAAAAUAUUUAAAAAAUAAGGCACCUAACGUAAUCUCUUAUCAUGUAUAAAGUCCAAUGCAAUGUAUAUACAAAUUUAAUAACCAUUUAUAUUUUUCAAUAUGCGUCUCUAAAAUUGUGAUUUGGGAUAUCCUUAUUUUCUUUAUGCUGAUUUUUCUUGAAUGAUGGGAAAAAGGAGUAUGAAAAUAGAACGCUUACAAUUUCUUUUUUUAACGAUUUAUUCGAAUUUUUUUAUACUACAGGCAGUAUGUGUGAAAUAUAUGUCCGUGAGAAA